AUGCGAGCGCUGAGGCAUAUCCUAGUUUUAACACUGACGGUGGUAACUGUCACGGCAGUUUUCCCUCCCGUUCCCGCCAGAUCGCAACGUAUCUCCGGAGGAACCAUCGCAUCACCAACCGACAUUCCAUGGGCAGCCGGUGUGAUCAUCCACGGUGGAACUUCCGGGCAUGAUUUUUGUAGUGGCGUGCUGAUCUCCAGCCGUUUUGUGCUAACUUCAGCCGAUUGUGUUUCAGGGGCAAACACUAUGACUGUUGCACUGGAUGCCGCCGACUUUCACAGCAUAGGAACACUGAUCGGAGUGUCCAAUGUUCUGAUACAUCCGAACUACAGUUCGCUGUUGAAUCGAGACGAUAUCGCCAUUCUGACUUUGAAUUCGGAUGCUCCUAUCAAUGAUAGCACAAUCAUACCGGUUCAAAUGCCACGGCGAUCGGAUGUUGGUAAGAGCUUUACCGAUUGGGUCGCUACGACGGCUGGUUGGGGAAAUACCGGAAAUCGGGACAAUGAACCUAUUCCGACUCAGCACCUACAGUUUGCCACGGAUACGGUGUCAUCCAAUCUGUCCUGCCAGCUGUCACACACCUGGGUGCGGAGCACCCACAUCUGCGUUGCAACCAACAAUGGUGGACCGUGCGAUGGUGACGAAGGAGGUCCGGUAACGGUUCGCGAAGCUGGUCGCGUCGUUUUGAUCGGUAUCCAUUCGUUCCACUUCAGUGGAAUUCGCGGUUGCGAUCGUGGACGAUCGGCGGUCAAUACCCGAAUCACGGAAUAUCUGGACUGGAUCGAAGCCAAUACGGAUGUGACGAUUGCGGCAUAG